UCGGCCAAAAAUCUGACAUAGCAUCUUUAAAUGAAAUUUAUAACUUGAUUUUUUUCUUCUUCAAGUUAGCGUACAACUGCCAAACCUUUCUUUUUGUAUUUGUGUGUGUAUUUUAAGAGUUGAUUAUUGAUAAAUCUCUUAGAAAUUUUGCAAAUUAAAUUGCAUCCCACAUUAUUUUUUGCUUCCACAUUUUGUAGCAAAUGAUACCUGACAAAUCCUUUAGAAAUUUUGCAUAUUAAAUUCAAUCCCACAAUCAUAAUGGAUUUUGGAACUGACUGUCUUUGCACCGGUAUGUGUGUUCUGUAGCUGAUUACGUAAAGUCUUUAAAAAACUCAAAUUAAAAAAUUGCAUCUCAUAAUAAAUUUCAUUAUUUUUUACAAGUAAUUUGGAUUCAAGGUUGAAGUCUUUGAAAAGAUAUCAAAUUAAAUUUCAUCCCUCUUAUAUUUAAUUUUUUUCUAACAGACAGUCACAUAUUCUAUUUAAAAAUAAUAGGUAAUUUAGAUUUGAGGGUGAACAAAGACUUAAAUGUUAAAGCGCUUGCAAGUAAUUAGGAGGAUGUUGGUCCAAAUCCCGCUCCCGCUCCACAUUAUUUAAAGGCACCCAAGCGGUUUUGUCUUGUGGUUUAUUAUUUGAUAUUUGACAAAAAUGAGUUUCUAACAGUCCAUUGUGGGGGCAAAUAAACACACAAAUUUGUGUGCAGGGCAAGUAUUCUACAGCUGACUUUUACCCACUAGUCCUUUAGAAAAAAUUCAAAUCAAAUUUCAUUCCAUACUGAUCACGACAUUCAUUUUCUCAAAGACAGUUUUGUAUGUUAGGCUAUUUGAAAUGUUUUUAAACAUUUCAAAAAGUACUUUUGUUUACCAAUACUUUGGACUGACAAAACAGUCUCCAAAGUAUUGGUAAAAAAAACAUUGUGUGCAGGGCAAGAAUUUUUAAGCAAAUCCUUAAAAAGAAGAAAACACUAAAAUGUCAUCCUACUAUAAUAGUAAAUUUAAAAAAAAGCUAGUCUUUGUAUUUAUAAAAUAUAUAGAAAUAUUCUCAAUAGUCCAAAUUCUCGAUGGAAUUAAACUUGUACGCAUGGAGAAAAAAACAACCAAAAGAAAUUACCCAAAAAUAUCAAAAAAAUGAUUAAAUUAUUUAAAUCAUGACACAUCCUGCUCAGCAUUAAAUAACACAUACAUCUUUAUAGUACCAUUAUGCACCUUUACUACACAGCAUAUAUCACCCAAUUAAUGAGAAGCCUUUAAGCUAUUAAAUAUGUAUUACCCUUGAUGUAGCCCCGCCCCAUUUCUCUACAAAGCCCUUAUCAGAGACACACAGUGACGUCUACUGUGUGUAUCUCUCUCAUACACGCUAUCGCCGGGGAGUUCUCAUAAGUAGGCAACCACCGUUCACCAUUACAGUGUGAAGGAUUGAUAACCACGGGUGAUUAAACAACGCGUAGAUGAUGGUAGCACUCCAAUCGAAUUCUUGUUGAUAUAAAUAGUAUCUAGAAUGUACAGUGACUAUAGACUUCUAUGACAUUGAAACAAUGACUCUAUUGUUAUCGGUACUGGUCUAGUCAUUCUUUAAACACCUGUUUGAUUGAUUGACGGACUGAUGAUGACAUCAUCUCAAGAUGCACCCUCCUGCUCGUCGUCGUCCUCAUCAAUGGCAGCAUCCACUCCUCCUAGUGGUGGAGAUGAUGUUCUUGGAGAAGCUGCUCUCAUGGCUGCAGGAAUGGACUUAGCCGCUUCAAUCCAAGACACCAAAGUCUCCUUAGAUCUCUUCUUAAAUAACAACUUCAACGAGGCUCGAUCUCGCCUCAAGCCAUGGAUUUCAUCGAGUAUGUACCACGCCCUAGGCUACGGCACCAUCAGCUAUAUCCAAGCUAUCAUGACCUUUGACCCGGAUGACAUCACAGAGGCCAUCAAGUGUGUCAAGAACUCCAUCGAGGUCGCUAAUCGUUUCCGACGCCGUGGUACCAUGAUAGAAUCUAUGUCUAAGAUGGUACGCAGGCCAAACUACGAUAACUACACUGACGUGGAGGUACAUGGUGAGUUGUGUUACGCAGAAUCCAUCCUAGAGAGGGCGCUAAUCACGUUCAUUCAGGACGACAAUCUCAUCAGCUUCAUCAAAGGUGGACUCAAGAUUAGGAGUGGUUACCAGUCAUACAAGAGCUGCUCUCAAAUGUUGUCUCUUAGAACGUGGAAGAACGAAUCAUCUAAGAUCAAUUUUGAAAGUGGGGUUCGAUUCGGAAUCGGCACAUUUAAUCUGAUGAUUUCCAUGCUGCCGAGGAAAGUCAUGAAACUGCUGGAGUUUGUGGGAUUCUCAGGAGAUAGGGACUACGGUCUGUCGGAGUUGGAUAUCGGCAGUCAGUUACCAAGCCUCAGGGCACCGUUGUGUUCAUCGGUGCUCAUCUCGUUUCAUACAGUCGCAACGUACGCAUUCGGUACAGCGGAUGGGGACGUAGAUCAUUCUCGUGAAGUCUUGGCGCCUUGUCUUAAGAAGUAUCCUACUGGAGUGACCUUUUUAUACUUUGAUGGACGGAUAGAAGAAAUCAUGGGCAACUUUACGUCGGCUAUAGAUAAGUUCACCGAGUGCAUUGCUUCACAGCAACAAUGGAGACAGUUCCAUCAUAUCUGCUACUGGGAGCUCAUGUGGUGCCACGCCUUCAAAUUGGAUUGGCUAAUGGCUUGCAGAUAUGCGGAUAAAUUAUGCAAAGAGAGUCGCUGGUCAAAGGCAACGUACUACUACCAGCAGGCUUGCUUCAUGUCCAUGUGUCCAGACCAAACGGAACAAACUAAAGAGAAGCUCGCAGAGAUGUUCAGUAAAGUACCAGAGUAUAAACAACGUGUGGCGGGCAAAUCCAUUCCGUUUGAGAAGUUUGCCAUUCAGAAGAGUAAGAAGUUUCUAGAGCAUGGGACGGUCAACACCCUCGCUGGAUUGGAGUUGAUUUAUACAUGGAAUGGUUUCAUCAUCAUUGGUAAGAAGGAUGAGUUGGUGGUACCGGUGGUCGACAUUAUUGAAAAGACAAUCAGAGAACUCAAUAAAACAAAAGAUACCAAUGUAUGCUAUGCUGAUGAUUACGGCUUAGCGAUGCUUCUUAAAGGAGUUUGUCUAAAAUGUCUGAAGAGACCAUCCCAGGCUGAGAUGUGCUUCCAGGAAGUCAUGGAACAAGAGGAGAAGAUUUUGUACAACAAUUAUCUGGUGCCGUAUGCAACGAUGGAACUGGGUUUGCUCUACCUGGAACACAAUAGACUAGAAGAAGCUAAACUAUUCCUUCUACGCUCAAGGAGUAAGAAGAAGUUCAUGUUGGAGAACAAACUUCACUUCAAGGUUCACUCCGCCAUUAAUAACCUACGCGCCAAACUGAACUUAGUUAGCAACAAUAACGCUACGUCUCAAGAGGGACUGGACUCCGUCGAUGAUGACCCUGUCAUUGAGACGGUCAACGGACAAGAUGGUGCCACAGUUUCUGAGGCAACAGAGGCAACAGAGGACAACAUCGCAAAGAGCUGAACAUGGUUUGUAACGAACUGAGUUACCUGAGCACGAUGUUCUUAUGUUUAAAGUUAACGUGCCAGUAGGUACUCGUACGUGGUUAGAAAUAUGCUUGGGCAUGUUGGGGGCGCUGUUACAGUGACCUUGUCGGCAACGUUAAAAAAGCCUUAGUUUGAUAUCACCCCGAAAUUAAUUAUUUAUCCCGUUGAGUUAUUUUUUGAUGUCUGAAAUAAACCAAAAAAGUUUCCCCUGUACUGCCACUUCCCUGUAUUAUAAACUUAAGUGUGCUCCCUGGUUAUAUGGCAGUUAAAGGCCUCUCCCUGAACAACGAUAUUGACAUCAUAGGGAGACUGCCAACAUAGGUCCAGAUGGCUCAAUUUGUAGCGCACUGACAGAUAAAGGUUACAGGUUAAAGGGUCCAUGUAACUUUUGUUGGACAUAAAACACAAUGUCCAUAGAUUUACACUAAACUUACACAGUUUGAAGAUAAUGAUA